AUAUCAAAUGAUUUACUUGAAUUUAAUUUAACUGUCUAUUUCUACGCUAUUGUAUAAUAUAUUUUGUUUCAGAACGACAGAGCCAGCCAGUGUCUUGCCCGGUGACAGUUUGAUCUCUGAUCUUGCCUCAUCCAGCGCGUUACAUCAUAGAGACUACAUUUCCCACAAGUCCUUUCACUCGCGCAUGCGUCAAUGGAGAAAAACAUGGCGCCUGACAGUGAGCAUGGAGUCCGCUAUUUGACACUCGUCGUCAACAUAUGAGAGCUCGUUUCUCCCUGUGAACGACUUCUUCUUGCACAGGUCAAAAUGUUUCGGCGGUCGAGAUUUAGUGUGCGGCCCAAUGUCGGCACUACAGGCAGAACAGCAGUGACAUCCCAGGAAGCCCCCUCAUCAAAUCAGGAGGCCACUGAGACCCCCGGAGACACAAGUACGAGCAGCACUCCUACUGCUGUGACGGAUACCACACCUGCUGUUACUCCAGCAGUGACAAGUACAGCCUCAGGGGAUGGCGGUGAUCACAUUGUGGAAGGUAGUAGCUCCUCAGCAGCAGUCCAGAGAAGGAAGCGGUUUUCUGUCAAGCCCAAAGUGGCCCCAGGCCGCCUCUCUACCAUUGGUCGGACUCCAAAAUCCCCCAUCAAGUCAGUGUCUGAAACUCCUGUUGAAGUGCCCAUCUCAGAUCUUGAUAAGCAAACAACAUCCAGCCAAACUGGGACUACAGCAGCCCCUCAAGGACUCCAGUCCCCAAAGCGACGAAGGCCUUCGGAAGAGAGCAAGCAGCCCAAAGUGCAACCCAAAAUCACUCUCCCUCCUUCUGACUCUGCAGGACCUCCAACUGUCCCUCUACCUGAUGAAGUGCUACAAAAAACUAAUCUGACAACGGACAGUGGCAAACAAUCAGAAAGCAAUUCAGAGAGCCAAGUUAAAGACGUCCCUCCCAAACCUCAAGAUAAAGUACUCUUCUCUAUACCAGACAGAGAAACUGUUGAAAUAUCAGAGAAGGCCAAGACUUUAGUGUCAUCUAAGAGUGGACGGACUCUCACACCGUCCACAUCUUUAAGUAAGCUCCUGAAUGACCCAUCUGAUCUACAGAGGCUGGCAAAGGCCCAAAAACUUAGAGAGCUGCUCAGACAGGAGAGACACAAAGACAAGAAACCCAGGAAAUCCAAAACUCGUGUAAAGGAAUACACUUUAGAUCCUUCAAAAAUGACCAUGAGUGACCUUAUCCAUUAUCUCCCUCUGUCUAACCCCAUGACAUCUAGUUUAGAAGACAUGGAUCAGGAGAAUGAGAAUGAAACUGUGGUUCCACCUUCACCAGGAAGAGAAGAGUCUCCAGAGAGUGCAAAGGAACCUGAGGUCCCCCCUAAAGUAGUGAACCCUAGUGGUGAGGAGGAGGAGGAGGAAGUGGCAGAGGAUGAACAAGAUGAGCAAGAUGAUUCACUCAUGGUCCCCCAGCUUAAAGUAGCAGAGGAUGGUUCACUGAUCAUUGAUGAAGAGAGCUUGACAGUGGAGGUCCUGCGAGCAAAAGGACCAAACCCAGCACAGGAGCGAGAUCCCAUUUUUGAGCGAGGGUCCACUACAACUUACACAAGCUUUAGAACCGUGACCCACACAAAACCCUGGUCCAGUGAAGAAACCGACAUGUUCUUCCUGGCAAUCAGUAUGGUGGGGACAGACUUUUCCAUGAUUUCUCAACUGUUUCCUCACAGAGCUCGAUCAGAAAUUAAGAACAAAUUCAAAAAAGAGGAGCGACUGAAUUCCUGGAGGAUUGAUAAAGCUUUCAGAGAGAGGCGUAAACUGGACAUAGAGUAUUUUUCUAAGCUGCUAGAAAAAAUUCUGGAGUUUCAGAAAAACAAAAAGAAACUUCAGUCACUUGCUAAGAAAAAUGCCCCCAAGAAGAGAAAGCGCAAGGAAAAAAAAGCUACAAGCAAAUUAAGUGAUGUGGAUGAAGAAGAAGAGGAUGAUGAAGUUCCUGACUUGGAUGAUGAGGAGGGGGGAGAGAAAGAGAAUGAAGCUCUCUGUAAUGAAGGCAAAUCCCCUGUUUCUAAGCCCAAGAGGCAACGCAAAAGAAAGACCAAACAGGCCGAUUCGAGCGAGGAACCAAAAGAAAGGAAAAGGAAAAAGGGUGAAAAGAGCAGUGAUCAAGCUGAGGCUUGCAUACCUGAAGAUAGUGAAGCAGCACUUCCUGAGGAACAUACAAGUUCAGAUAUAACUGAAAAGACUGAGAAUGAAAAUCCAUCCAAGGACACGACCGUCAAGCCUGCUCGACUCUCACGAGGCAGAGCACCAAAGUCACUUGUACCCUUGGGCCGAAAGUGGGGUAAAAAACCUCCUCCAGACUCUGGAAAGGAUAAAGAUACUACACCAGAUAAUGGAGAUCAUGACGUGUGUGAUGAUGGAGUAUCGAAGGAGCAGGUAAAUAAAGAAUCAUCACCUUUGAGGCAAGCCAGUAAGAAGCAGUCAGCUGAUGGUGAUGUUUCCUCUGAAGACGAGCCUGCCAGUGUUCAACCUCCAAAACCUACCAGGUAUGGAAGAAUGCCUAAACCCAUCCAGCCUCUGAAUUACCCUGCUAAGGAAGCUGCACACUCCUCUGCAUCUGAUGCCACGCCUGGCUCACCAGUGGGGUCCACUGCUUCCACUACCAAGCCUAAACCCAAAUGCAAAGCCAAGAGAGUAAGACCGUCAAAGCAAGAAUCAGCCCAAGUGUCCAAAAAGCCCAAACUAGUCACCCUCAGGGCCUCUCGCACAGAAUACAGUGAUGACGAGGAUGAAAGGCAGCAGGGUCACGCAGAGAUAGAGGAGGAGGAAGAGGAGCAAUUUGCAUGCAGCCUCAUCGAGGACAGCAGUGCCCCUGUCUUUGUGCCCGCCAGCCUGCGUUCCCCACGUCCUGUGAUUUCACAGGUGGAAGAGACUAUGGAGGAGCUUGAUAUCUUGGCAAAUAUACCCGAUGUGUUGGGCAUCUCCCAAGAUGCACUAUGCCCUGGUGUCUCUUGGGAGCAGGCACAAAAUGAGACAGACACACCUGAACCAUGUGAACAUCAGUUGGACCUGCUAGUUGAUGUUAUAGACUUCCUUUCUUCAGAACACAAAGAAGUAUGUGAAGACGAGAGCUACAAUGAGGCUGCUCAAACCCUGUUGGCCAUCGGUAACCCAACUCAUCUACCACAGACGGCACAAACUCAGUUAGCCACACAAGAUCACAUAACAGAGAUAUUGUCAGUCAGUGCAAAACAACCUGGGCAACACAUGGAAGAAGCUGCUUUUCAAGAGGCAAGCAAUGACACUCUUCUUAUGUUUGGUCAUGAAGACACUGAAACAUCAGAGACGAUAUUUACUGUGGAGCAGCAACAUGCUUUAACUGACAGUAGUUGUAUUCCCAUUAUUAAAACCAGUGAUCAGACAUGUGAUGAGCCAAAAACUGAUCCUAGUUUACAAUGUGAGACAGAAAGUUCAAAACAAAAUUAUCCACAGACCAGAAAAGGACACUUAUCCAAAGUGAAACCUAAACCUAACUUGGACCGCAGCUCAAAGACUGUACAGCCUAAAUCCCAACCAGAUACACCGGCAGAACAGACAGCGGAGGAGAGCAACUCCGAAGCUGCAAACCAUCACCAAGUCACUGAGACAUUGUCCAUUCCCGAAGAAACGAUCCCUAACAUACCAGAAUUUUCUGACAUUUCUUGUACUAAAGUAAAACUUGAAGAAAAGCUGUCUUUCUGUCAGGAAGGAUCCAGUGCAGCAACAUCAGAUCAGAGUAUCUCAGAGAACCAGAGUCACUGCUUGUUGACUACUGUCAACACAGACACUCAGUCAACAUCUGAGUCCUCCAAUGAAAAAGUUACAUCUCCUGCUGAAAUAAUAGCACCUCUUUCUAAUAAUUUAGUGACAUCUGACAUAUCAGUUACAGAAACACAAGUUGAACAAGGGUCCAACACAGAUUCUGUCCCACUUAAAGAAAGUUGUCAACAUACUGCUGCUUUUGUCACACCUGCAGAACAUUUAACUGUCAGUCAGAAAGAAGUGACUUCUCAGUCUAGAUGCAGUCGAUUGCAAAAAGUCAAACCCAAACCAAACAUACCACGGACCUCAAGAACUGCUCGAUUAACACCUUCAAUAGAAAACACAAAAGACUCAGCAGAGAAUGACUCAACACUGAUCUUUCCAAAUUUCAAAGAAAAAGCAAUGGUAGAGCUUGAACUGGAAGAAAAGUGUGGAACCUCUCCUGAAAAACCAUGUCAUGCCACUGGUCCUGCUACAGCUUUAGCAUCACCAUUUGAUCCAGAAUCUACUUUGUCACCCACAAUGGAGUUGUCUACAACUGAGGAGAAAAAGACAGAUGGUGGACUUGUUAGUCAGUUGCAUUUUUCUACAAUAUCAGGUCAAAGUGGCUCAGAAAACCAGUGUCUCUCUGAUGUUUCUUUUAAACCCAGUAGCAGAGACACAGGGUCAACAUCUGCAGCUAUAGAUGAAAAGGGAGCAACUCAAGAUCAACCAGCUGAGAAUAGUGAUGACCUGGUAACAUCUCUCUCAGAUGUAACAGUUUCACAAGCUGGACAAGAGAGCAGGGAGCAUCCUGCCACACAUGUUGAUGAUUUACCUGUUCUUCAGAAAGCAGAAAGUGAAGUCAAAACUUCUUGCCAGUCGAGAAGAAAUCGAUUGCAAAAAGUCAAACCAAAAAUACCACAGACACCAAGAACCCCUCGUUCUACUCCUCAAAUAACAAAAGACAGUGUAGAGAAAGAUUGCAACCCAACACCAGUUUUGAAAGCUGUGGAAUCAUCAUGUGAUUCAGCCCUUACACUUUCAACCACUCAGGAAUCACCUACAAGUGAAAAGGAGAAAAGAACAGAUGACGGGCAUAUUGGUCAGGUAUUCUCUGUUGCUUCAACAUCAGGCCAGAGUGUUUCAGAAAACAAGAUCUUUUCUGAUGUUUCUUUUGAAUCCAUCAACAAAGACACAGGGUCAACAUCUGCAGCCACAGAUCAGAAAUGGCUUACUCAAAAUGAAAUGACUGAGAAUACUGACAUUUCUGUGACAUCUGACUCAGCUGCUACAGAAUCACAAGCUGGACAAGACUUAGCUGCAGUGACAGAGAGCAGUGAAGAUCCUGCCACACAUGUCACACCUGUUGAAGAUAUAUCUGUCAGUCAGAAAGAAGUAAGUGAUGUCACAUCUAUGUCUCAGUCAAGAAGCAGUCGAUUCCAAAAAGUCAAACCCAAACCAAACAUACCACAGACGUCAAGAACUGCUCUGCUCAAAUCUCGAACAAAAGACAAAAAAGGCUCUGCAGAGAAAGACUCCAACCCAACACCAAUCUUGAAACUCCAAGAAAAGGCAAUAGUAGAGAUUGGAGCAGAAGGAGAUUGUGGAACUUCUCCUGAAAAACCAAGUCACAGUGUUGGUCCUGCUACAGCUUUAAUGUCAUCAUUUGAUCCAGAGUCUACUUUGUCACCCACAAAGGAAUCGUUUACAACUGAGGAGGAGAAAAGGACAGAUGAUGGGCUUGUUGGUCAGUUGCAUUUUGCUGCAACGUCAGGUCAAAGUGGCUCAGAAAACCAGAGUCUCUCUAAUGUUCCUUUCAAACCCAGUAGCAGAGACACAGGGUCAACAUCUGCAGCUAUAGAUGAAAAGGGAGAAACUCAAGAUCAACCAGCUGAGAGUAAUGAUGACCUGGUGACCUCUCUCUCAGCUGUAACAGUAUCACAAGCUGGACAAGAGAGCAGGGAGCAUCCUGCCACACAUGUCACACCUGUAGAUGAUUUACCUGUUCUUCAGAAAGCAGAAAGUGAAGUCAAAACUUCUUGCCAGUCGAGAAGAAAUCGAUUGCAAAAAGUCAAACCCAAACCAAACAUUCCACAGACACCAAGAACCCCUCGUUCUACUCCUCAAACAACAAAAGACUGUGUAGAGAAAGACUACAACCCAACACCAGUCUUGAAAGCUGUGGAAUCAUCAUGUGAUUCAGCCUCUACGCUUUCAACCACUCAGGAAUUACUUACAAGUGAAAAGGAGAAAAGUACAGAUGACGGGCAUAUUGGUCAGGUAUUCUCUGUUGCUUCAGCAUCAGGCCAGAGUGUUUCAGAAAACAAGAUCUUUUCUGAUGUUUCUUUUGAACCCAUCAACAAAGACACAGGGUCAACAUCUGCAGCCACAGAUCAGAAAUGGCUCACUCAAAAUGAAAUGACUGAGAAUACUGACAUUUCUGUGACAUCUGACUCAGCUGCUACAGAAUCACAAGCUGGACAAGACUUAGCUGCAGUGACAGAGAGCAGUGAAGAUCCUGCCACACAUGUUACACCUGAAGAUGGAUCUGUAGAACAGAAAGAAGUAAGUGAUGUCACAUCUGUUUCUCAGUCAAGAAGCAGUCGAUUCCAAAGAGUCAAACCCAAACCAAACAUACCACAGACAUCAAGAACUGCUCUACUCAAAUCUCGAACAAAAGACAAAAAAGGCUCUGCAGAGAAAGACUCCAACCCAACACCAAUCUUGAAACUCCAAGAAAAGGCAAUGGUAGUGAUCAAACCAGAAGGAGAUUGUGGAACUUCUCCUGAAAAACCAAGUCACAGUGUUGGUCCUACUAUAGCUUUGAUGUCAUCAUUUGAUCCAGAGUCUACUUUGUCACCCACAAAGGAACCGUUUACAACUGCGGAGGAUAAAAAGACAGAUGAUGGGCUUGUUGGUCAGUUGGAUUUUGCUGCAACAAUAUCAGGUCAAAGUGGCUCAGAAAACCAGAGUCUCUCUGAUGUUUCUUUCAAACCCAGCAGCAGAGACACAGGAUCAACAUCUGUAACUAUAGAUGAAAAGGGAGCAACUCAAGGUCAACCAGCUAAGAGUAGUGAUGACCUGGUGACAUCUCUCUCAGAUGUUACAGUAUCACAAGCAGGACAAGAGAGCAGAGAGCAUCCUGCCACACAUGUAGAUGAUUUACCUGUUCUUCAGAAAGCAGAAAGUGAAGUCAAAACUUCUUGCCAGUCGAGAAGAAAUCGAUUGCAAAAAGUCAAACCAAAAAUACCACAGACACCAAGAACCCCUCGUUCCACUCCUCAAACAACAAAAGACUGUGUAGAGAAAGACUGCAACCCAACACCAGUCAUGAAAGCUGUGGAAUCAUCAUGUGAUUCAGCCUCUACGCUUUCAACCACUCAGGAAUUACCUACAAGUGAAAAGGAGAAAAGAACAGAUGACGGGCAUAUUGGUCAGGUAUUCUCUGUUGCUUCAACAUCAGGCCAGAGUGUUUCAGAAAACAAGAUCUUUUCUGAUGUUUCUUUUGAACCCAUCAACAAAGACACAGGGUCAACAUCUGCAGCCACAGAUCAGAAAUGGCUUACUCAAAAUGAAAUGACUGAGAAUACUGACAUUUCUGUGACAUCUGACUCAGCUGCUACAGAAUCCCAAGCUGGACAAGACUUAGCUGCAGUGACAGAGAGCAGUGAAGAUCCUGCCACACAUGUUACACCUGAAGAUGGAUCUGUCAGUCAGAAAGAACAGAAUGAAGUUACAUCUACUUGCCAGCCUAGAAGAAGUAGAUCACAAAAAGUCAAACCCAAACCACAUAUACCACAGAGAUCAAGAACUGCUCUACUCAUACCUCAAACGACAAAAGACUCCGAUACAACUCCAACCUCAAAACUUCAUAAAAAAACAGAAGUACAGAUUGAACCUCCUUCAGUGUUGAUUACAUCAUCUGAGGAUUGUGGUUCUUCUCCUGCAACCACAAAGGAAAUGUCUACAACUGAAAAGGGGGAGAGGACAGAUGACGAGCUUGUUGGUCAGGCGAAGACUGUUGGAGCAACAUCAGGUCAGUUUGGUUCAGAAAAUCAAAACCUUGUGACACCUGACUCAGCUCCCACUGAAACACAAACUGGACAAGAUGUAGCUCCACUCCAAAAGAGCAGUGAUGAUCAUUUAACAUGUGUUACACCUGUCAGUCAAAAACAAGGAGGUGAAAUUACAGCUAUUUCUCAGCCUAGGAGAGGCCAAUUCCUUAAAGUCAAACCCAAACCAAACCUAGUGCAGUCAUCGAGAACUGUCGAGUCUAAACCUCAAGUCAUGCCUGUACAGCUUGAGGAAAGACCCUCUAGCCCAACUUCAAAGACUGGAUCCACUGACAAUGCAGCAGCAGAGGUGGAAGCUCUGCCAAUUUGCAGUGUCAACCUUCCUGUAAAACCAAGGGAAAGUACUAACACUUCUUCAGUUUCAGUGCCAUCAUUGGAAAUAUGCACUACUCAGAAUACCACAGAGGAAUUAUCUGCGACUAUGAAACAAAAGACAGAGCUUGCACUUACCAGCAGCUCAGACAGUUCAGAAACAAAAGCACCUCAAAGAAGAAGACACCUUCCCAAGGUCAAACCCAAUGUUGGGUCAUCCACCAGACCUACAUGGACAAAGCCAGAGACAAAGAGUAUCAGUUCUUCAAAUGUAACCUUAGAAAAACAACCUGUGGAAAAUUCACAAGCAGAAUUGAAUCCUACAGACAAUAAUGUGCACUUGACAUCUUCACACUGUACAUUAAAUACUGAACUCGGCUCAACACAAUCUGCACUUGAUGAGUCUGAAAAGAGACUUGCCAGCACACAUGAUGAGAGCAUGUCCGCUCAUGUUAUUUCCAUGGCAACAUCUGGGGAAACUGAGAAUCAAUCCUUGUUGUCAAAUACCCAACCAGUGGAUUAUUCAACUGCAGCUUCAGGAGAUGGUCACACAGUAUCAAGAACAGAUUUGCUUCUGGCACCUUCUGUCACCUCCAUACCAGAUACAAGAGAAAGCAGCCCUCAUUCAUGUGUGCAAAGUGAUGCAGAUGUGAGAAGUCGAGAUGAAACGCAGCUUUCUUCAGAAACUAGUAACACUGAACAAACCUCAAAUGACAAAUUUCAAUCUGCCCAAAGCACUGACCCCACACACUCAGCUCUGUCGGAUUCCUCCAAGUCUUCAAAAGAAGCCAUGCAAACUCGGAGAGGCAGGCUCAUUAAACCUAAACCCAAGUUGGGCCGUGGAAGUCGUCCUCUGCAACCCCAAGUCCAGAAUUCCACUCAAGCAGAAGCAGAUUCUGAAGACAGGGAUGCUUCUGUUUCCCAUGACCCUGUGUCAAAAUUACAACCUGACAAUCCAGAACCAGUCGAGGGGGCUAUUGAAACACACAGUAAACCAGAGUGUCCUCCUAGUAACACAGAGUCUUUGCUGGGGUGCUUGACACAAAUUAUUGAUCAACCCUCUCCAAAUGAUGCUGCAUCUCCUUUGGGAUGUUUGACACAAGUACUGGACACUUCCUCUCAGAAUACACCAAUAUUAACGACAGAGGGGGAGACCCAAAGUCAUCCGUGUCUCACGCUUUUUCCACACAUGACGUCAGAGCAGGUGCCUUCGGAUAAAGAUGAGCCGUUUUUCAUCCUCUCACUCACCGAGAUCCCAGUCGGCUCAUCGGGGGAGUUGGUGGAAACUGCAGCAGAGCCUCUCCCUUUGGUUGGAGAGACAUCGAUACAGCAACAGAGCAGUUUAUCUGGAGAGAGUUUGGCACCAGCAGGAGAAGAACCUAUCAUUCAUGACCCUGUGUCACCGUCCACAGAAGAGAUGUGUGAUGUGGGCUUUUUCAGUGUAAAAGAUGCUUGGUCGGACCCAGCUGACAGUACUGAUCUGAUCAUUGAGAAUCAAGUGGAUCCACUGGAGAAUACAACAGUGCAGCCCUCAAAAUUACAAGAAACUGUAGAUGACAAUAAGACUACUGGAAGUCCCCCUACAAAGCAGAGAUUAACAGGAACUGGAAGAAGAGCCAAGCUCCAGGUUAAACCUCAUACUAUGAGGAAGACGCGUGCCAGCAAGUCUGAAAACACCAACAAGGACUCUGAACUUCCUGGACCUUCCAUGCAACCUGAAGGUUCUGCAGGCAGUGACCUCCUCAGUGAACCACAGAAAAGAAGUAAUGAACCUGAAAACACUGAAAAGGAGACUCCAGCAGGUGCAAAGGGUCCUGAAGACGGCCACCACACAGGAGCAAAAACGCAAACUCCAAAGGCUGCAACGAGGAAAGGGAACAGUAAUACUGCUUCAAGUAAUCCUUCCUCUGGCAAAGCAGCUUCCAAGGACUCUAAAGUCAAAACUCCGCAAACAAGGAGGAAAUACUCGCAGCCAUCACCUGCAGCUUCAGCGUCCCUCCAUGUCGCUCCCACAGCCGCUUCGUCACAACAGCCAGAGGAAAUCCCCUCAGCGUCUACCACUUCAGCAGCUUUAGAGGUGGAUGUUAUUCAGCGGAGCACUGAUCACAGUCAACUCCGGUCAGACCCCAUCCCUAGCACUUCUUGUACAGAGGUUUCAGCUCCUCAGCAGAGUCCAGAGAGCGAGUCGGAGGAGGAGCCCACCAAUGUGUCUCAGUACUUCCUCAGUGAUAUUUUUACUGAAGUGGAAGACGAUUAAAAGUCACACAGAGGUGGAGAGAGAGAGAGAACCUGCCCAGGGUUUGGUUGUAAAGUCGUCUCUAUAAAGGUUUAUUCAUGACUAAAAGGCAGUUUUUAUUAUUUUUGCUACAGUGAAUUAAAGCUGAAUUUGUUAUUCUGACAAACACAUUUUCAUUAUUGCAAGGAUUUUUGAAUGUGCCUGCAUAAUGCAUUUCUUUGUAUACAUUAUACAAAUUCAGUGUAUAUAGUUGCUGUAUAAUUUAUAUUCUUUUGAAAAUGUGUUUGUCAAUAAUAGACUGUGAAAUCACGAUCGUCUGACUGAAGAGGCCAACACCUUUUUCAAAUCAUAAAAAUAAAAUCUUUUUUUUGUUUUUAUACCAACUAUAACCAUGUGAAUAUUGUACCAUAGCAAACCUUUUAAAUGUCUAUGUUUGUGUUUUGUUUUUUUAGUGAUAUCAUCUGUGACCAAUUUCUGUUUGUAUUAGAAAAAAAAAAUCCUGAUAUCAGAUUAUAGAUUUGUCACUAUAUUUUGCAAAUGUAGCCCAUUCAAGGACGUACUUAAGGUUUGUUUAAAAGCAAUUAUUGCUCAUUAAAAUAAAGUUGAGAUAUUGUUUGUUUAUAUGUAAAUAGUGUAGAUUAGUUCAAUGCACAGUUGGGUCGUUGUACAGAUAAUAUACAGGUUUUGGAUUACUUGAAACAAAAACACUCUUUGUUCUUAAAGGUAAACAGUUGUAAGGUAAAACGUAGAAUUUAUAAAAUCUGAAUUCACUACCACUGGACUCAGUAUUUAUCCUCAUGUAGGAGCAGUUUUGUAAAAUAAUAGCUUCAUAUGUUUUUUGUUUUGCUACAUUAUGUCAUGUUUUGUGUGAAUGCAAAAUUAAAUUUUCUCCUAAUUGUU